UCUCUUCAUUACCACAUCUGCGCAUGCGUGUAGUCGUUUGUGGUGAUCAUCAUUUCCAGAGACAUUUGGCCGCGGCAAAAUCAAGUUAAAUAUAUAAUUGUUCACAUCUUACGGAUAAAAAUGCUGUUCUACUCUUUCUUCAAGUCCUUGGUGGGCAAAGAUGUGAUAGUGGAGCUCAAGAAUGAUCUCAGUAUUGGUGGAACGCUCCAUUCCGUAGACCAAUUCCUGAACAUCAAGCUGACAGAUAUAUCAGUGACAGACCAAGAGAGGUAUCCACAUAUGCUUUCUGUGAAGAACUGUUUUAUCCGAGGGUCAGUGGUGCGAUACGUUCAGCUGCCAGCGGACGAGUGCGACACACAGUUAUUACAGGACGCUGCUCGGAAAGAGGCAACACAGAGCAAAGCUUGAUUUCAAGCAAAAUCAGUUGAACAGACAUUGAGUCAUGGAGAAUAACUCUGGGUUGUCAAUGUUGAGGGAGUAUGCAGGAGGAUAAAGAGGCUCCAAGUUUUGCUCAGACGAUGCCUCGAGAUGGAACACAUCCUCGUUUUAACAUCGGCAUGGGAGUGAUCUCAAAGAAGCCAUCUCUAAAAGAGUUCUUCAUUUUCAAUUUUUAUUUUGUUUUCUGUUUAUAGGAGUCAUUGGACAGACAUGUCCUCCUAUGUUUCUUGUAUGUACAUGUAGCUGGUUCGAAUGACAGGUACUGGUACUCAACAUACUGUAGCCACUUUGUUAUUGUGUAAAAUGAGAAUGAUGCAUUCCUGCGGUUUUGUAAACAACUUUGUAAAUGUACUUGGGUAAUUUUAUGGUUG